GCGCCGUGCCGCCCAGCUCUCCACUCCUCCUUGCGCUAAGAAGCCAAUGGGCGCGGGGGAUGUUAGUGGCGGGGAGGUGGCCAUGUUGCUACAGCAGCGGCCGCACUUGCCUGGGCGGCCGGGAGUAGGAGCUUGAGGGUCGCUUUCGCACGCCAUGGAGGGGCUGGACGGUAAUGGAAGUACAGUGCAAACUGAAGAUUUGUUACCAUGCAAGAUCUGUGGGAGGACUUUUUUCCCAGUUGCACUAAAAAAACAUGUUCCAAUUUGCCAAAAAACUGCUACUAAGAAAAGAAAAACAUUUGAUUCCAGCAGACAGAGAGCAGAGGGAACGGAUAUCCCCACAGUAAAACCUCUAAAACCACGGUUGCAGCCAAGAUCUAUUGCAGGGCCAUGCAGUACUCCAGAGCCACCAAAGAAGCCAUCAAAUUGGAGACGAAAACAUGAGGAACUCAUAGCAGCAAUACGAGCAGCCAAAGGAGUUGAUCAGGUUCUUAAAGAAGGUGGCAAGCUACCACCACCACCACCACCAUCAUAUGAUCCGGAUUACAUCCAGUGCCCAUAUUGUCAGAGAAGAUUUAAUGAAAGUGCAGCUGAUCGACACAUAAAUUUCUGCAAAGAGCAGGCAGCACGUAUUCCUAAUAAAGGCAAAGUGGUUACUGAUGCUAAAGGGAAGCUUCCUACUAGAUCCCAGUACAAGUCACCAUCUGUAAAGAAGAUGCCUUCCACAGGGAUAACAUCGCCAGCCUCAUCGCGUUUGCCACAGCCAAGUACACCUGCAAAUAAAAUAUUGUCUACGAGUGGAUCUACGGGAAACAAAACACAGAGUUCAUCUCCAGCUCAUAAAAACUCACUGAGGACAGCAAGCCCACAAACAGGAGGCCCCAUGAAAUCACGGACAGGAGUGCCUACCGGUGUAGCACGAAAUGCUGGCAUGGGCAUGAUGGCAAACAAAAGAAAAAGCUAUGGUACUGAAAGCUACUCUAACAGGACUGGAUAUGAGAGUGGAGACUGUUCAUCUUCUGUCAAUGGAGGAAGCUCUAAAAGCAGUGAGGGAAAUUCACCUGCACAGUUACCAAAAUUCUGUUACGAAUGUGGAGCAAAAUACCCAGUUGAAUCUGCAAAAUUCUGCUGCGAAUGUGGAGUUCGGCGAAUGGUUAUGUGAACAUGGUCUAAACAAGAAAUAGAGAACCAGCUCUUUCAUUGCUAUGGCUGCACAGAAAUCUUUGCCUUCCCAUCAGAACUGACGCUCAUGCACCAUAAGUCAUUUUCCAAGAGCUUGUCUUUUUCGUUGCAGAGUAAUUUAUAUAUAAAUAGAUAUAAAUAUACUGUACAUAAAUGGGUAAGCACCUAUAAUUGUGCCAUUCAAGAUGCUCUUGAGACACUGAUGGAAAUUUCUUUAAUGGAGCAAAAUAUUAACUAAAGAAAUAGUAGAGUUUUUGUAAUCCUGUUAUGUAUUAUACCCAUAAAUAAUUUUGUUGUCACUUACCCAUGGAAUACUAGCCCUGAAUAAUUUUUAUGUAAAGGAAGUGUUAAAUAAUGAUUUCCUUAUGCUAACAUUUUGUCAGCACAUUACUUAGUUGGAACAGUUCAUCCUGAAUCUUAACAAUCCUCCUGACUUAUCGGCAUUUUUCCUAGGUCUGCAUGCAGAAGUCUUUAUAAUCUGAGUAGUUGCUUCUUUUGUGUAUAAUUGAAAUAUAUUUCCUUCCUGUUUUUCACUUAUCCUUAAUUCACUUUUUUUAAAAUGAACCAUUUCCCCCCUUCAGAUUCAUCUUUAGUUUUGCAGAGUAACUCACCUUCCUUUAGGCAUCUGUGGGACCAAUCCACGAACCCAUGCUGCCCGUAAUUUAUAAUUUCAUUAGAUUUAUAGCUUACUUUCUCCCACAAAAGGGCUCAGCGCAGGUAACGUUGUGGCAAAAACUAUACAAUCUGAAACAGUUACUGUUCUAAUUCAAUAAAUACAAUAAAAUGAUAAAAUAAAUACAAUCAAACAUAGUUAAUAGAUGGUGUAAAAUCUCGCAGAGUAAGUAUCUAUUGAACUUACGGAGGAGAAAAGGGAGAAGGGAAGGCCAAUCAAGAUGGAGAACUGUCACUGCCUUCAGUCUUAUGCCUGGUGAAACAACUCUAUCUUACAGGCCCUGCAGACUGUUUUAGAUCCUGCAGGGCCCAGAUCUCACCCAGAAGAAUGUUCCACCAAGUCAGAGUCAGGGCCAAAAAGAGCCUCAAUGAAAUUAAUGGAAUAUGUGCAAGACCUUAGUGCAUUUUGAUCCCUUUCCCUAUAACAUUCUUCUUUCCCACUGUUGUAAAGCACUCCUGUUCCCUUUCUCUACAAAAUAAAAGCAUAAACACAG